UGCAGGGCUCGGGCCGGCGUGGACGAGGCUGGCCCAGGAUGGUGGCGCCCAGGGCCCUGGGGGUCCUGCUACUCCUGCAUCUGGCCCCAGGAACUUGCCAAGAGCUUCAUAAGUCUGAAGGCCCUGAAAUCUCACGGCGGGCCAGAAGGGAGGCUCUGUUUACACCUGCAGAGGUGCCCCCUGUACCCAGCACCCGUAAGGGAGAUUCCACGCUCAGACAGGAGAAGCCAAGAAAUGUCUGCCAGGGCUUGCCUGAUAUGAACCACUAUGAAGACUUUGACCUUAACAGAACUGCUGAUUGCUUCUCAAAGUGUACACAGUCGCAGAAGGAACCCUGUCAUCUGGGAAACUUGCAGAGAUAUUGGCUGAACUUCGAGAACUAUCUGGUGGAGAAAAGUCAGAUGGACACAUUGAAUACGUCUUUUUUGACGGCGCGCGUCAGGAGCAUCAACACCAGUGUCUCAGAAGACCUGUACUUCUCUCUGACCCCCUCUCAGAUUCUGAAGCAGGUGACCAAGGAUGAUCACCAGCACCCUGACAGAGUCCGGCUGCCCAAGAGUCUUUUCAGGUCCCUGAAGAGUGGCAGGCCAAUUGUCCGGUUGGGCAUAAUCAUCCUGGACAUCGGUCUGGGGAAUGUCUUCAAGGGCUCCCUGCUCAACCGGGAGGACGGCAGCAGUGUGUUGAACAAUCGCAUGGUGGGCUUGACUCUGGGUCGCAUAAAUGUCAUCAAAAUGGCUGAGCCUUUGGAGAUCACCUUCUCCCACCAGUACCAGCUCCCCAACAUGAGCCUCAGCUGUGAAUUCUGGGAUGAGACUAAAGGAGACUGGUCUUCCAAGGGCUGCUCCACAGAGGUCGGAGUCCACAGGACGGUCUGCCGCUGUGACCACCUGACCUUCUUCGCCCUGCUGCUGAGGCCGAUCUUGGAUGAGGCCACGGUGAAGGCCCUCAUACACAUUUCCCAGGCUGGCUGUGGAACCUCCAUGAUCUUCCUGGCCUUCACCAUCGUCCUCUAUGCUGUCCUGAGGUUCUCCCGGCAGAGGUUCAAAUCUGAAGAUGCCCCCAAAAUCCAUGUGGCCCUGAGCAUCAGCUUGUUUCUCCUGAAUCUGGCCUUCUUCAUCAAUGUGGGGCAACGCCUGAAGGGGUCCGACGCUGCCUGCUGGGCCCGGGGAGCCGUCUUCCACUACUUCCUGCUCUGUGCCUUCACCUGGAUGAGCCUGGAAGCCUUCCACCUCUACCUGCUCGUCAUCAAGGUCUUUAACACCUACUUCGGCCACUACUUCCUGAAGCUGAGCCUCGUGGGCUGGGUCCUGCCUGCCCUAGUAGUCAUCGGUACUGGGAUCGCCAACAGCUACGGCCCCUACUCCAUCCGUGAUGAGAAGAACGUCACCACGCUGGAGCUGUGCUGGUUCCGUGAGAACACUGCCCUCUACGUCACUGUGCACGGCUAUUUCCUCAUCGUUUUCCUCUUCAGCGCAGUGAUCCUGAGCCUGGUGUCCUGGAAGAUCUUCACUCUGUCAAGUGCCACGGCGGGCAAGGAGAAGGCACAGCACUGGAAGGGGGUCCUCACCCUGCUGGGCCUCUCGUGCCUGGUGGGCAUGCCGUGGGGGCUGGCCCUCCUCACGUCCCUGGGCCCAUUCACCGCCUAUGUCUUUGCACUGUUCACCUCUCUGCAAGGUGUCUUCAUCUUCUGCUGGUUCAUUGUCCUCUACUGGCCACGCCAGAGCACCGUGACCUCAUCUGGCACUGCCCGGAUUGACCAUGCCCACACCGUGUCUCAUGAAUAGAGGACGGCCUUUUGGCCAGGCCGGGCCCGCCCUGCGCUCUGGACCCAGCUCUAAUUUGCUGUGUGACCUGGGGGUGGGGGGAAGGGGGUCCCUGCCUCCCUCUGGGCCUCAGUACCCUUCUCUGUACCACGUGACUGGGGAGCCAGGGGAUGGGAAACACUUUGGGCCAUGUUGUCUCAAGGGUCUUAUCCAGAUACACCUAUGGGUCUGAGAGUUCACAGAUCCAGGACGGCAGGAGUCUCAAGGCCCUGUAAUCCUGAGACCCCUGCCGGCACAGAGCGACACCCUCACCCCGCCCCCAGGCCCACCCCCUGCCCUCAGAGCAAAACGGCCUUCUAGUCUGAGAAAACCUGAGUUCCGAGAAGGAAGUCAGUCCUCGGCCUCGUGAAGGAGUCCCCAGCCGCUCCCCUUCCUCCCUUCCCCUCAUCACUGCCCUCCCACAGCUCCGCCCUUGGGCCGCCUGUACCUGAGGGGACACUCAGGGCCGCUGCUCGGGCGUGGGGGGCUGCUAUGGACUGGAGGUUUGUUCUGAGCGGGCGGGGGCUGGUCCUCCUCUGGCCUCACCGGGUCUCAGCCACUCUCUCCAAGGCCCGUCCUCACAGAGGUCCCCCUGCCGUUCAGGGGUGCCGGCAGCCCCUCAGGUGCUGGGGACAUUGAAUAUCAAGGAAUACCACUUACUCAGUAGGUGGGCUACCUCAAAGAGUCCCCCAGUCCCUCCUCUGGACUGCUUCGCAGGUGGCCCUGAUACCGACAAGGGUCCUUGGUCUUUCUCGACCAACAGACAUUGACGGGAGGCCAGACGAGCAAUUCAGGCAAGGCUUUAUUGGGGCCCCUGCUGCAGCAGGGGAAAGUGAGAACCAACAACAGGUUGCCUUGCUUGCUCGCUCCCUGAGGGCAGGGGUGGCGAAGCUAAUUCCUUUCACGGGGUGAGGGUAGGGGUAUGUCCAGGGGUUGGGCUGGAAGCCUGGCUUAGGUGGUUUGCCCAUCCUUCUGGUGGUGUUGAGUACAGGGGGCAUGCGCAGUACCCAGCUCUUUUCCCCGACACCCUGUUUUUAUUUCUGGCUCUUCAGAAGUGGCAUUAGGGAUUUUUUCAGUUUUGUUUUGUUUCUUUUGUCCAGCAUUGGCUGCAACUACACAUGCACGCAGUUAUUUUUAGUCCCAUAUAGCUUCUCUGCAUUUUGUUGCUGGAGGAGAGGUUUGCCCAGGUUGCAAGCAUUGCAGCAAAGGACCCCAGGUCCCAGCUGGUCUCAGGUGGACUGACCUCUGACCUGCUGUCUUGGUGGGGGUGGAGGGCGUGAGGUUCAGGGCUCAGCACACCUGAGGGCUGAGGAGCCAGUGCGGGGGAAGGGGAUUGUGAACAGAGAGAGGGUAGACAUUUCUUCUGGCAUCCAAGCUCCCAUAGUGCCAGGGGAGUGCCUCAGGCCAGACCCAGCUGGGUUUGUCACUCCCAGUGGCUGGGCUUGGCUUUGAAACCACUGGUUUCCUCAGUAGGAAACAAACAAGAGGCAGAGACAGUAGAGAUAGACACAGAGAUAGAGAGAUGGAGAGAGAUAGAAAGAUAGACUGAUAGAAAGAUAAACUGAUAGAAAACUGACCCAAAGAAAGAAAACAAAAGGAGAGAGACAAAUGCAGGGACACACUGGCCCACCGGGCUGGCCCGACCAGGAGGGCAGGGCGCUGGUGUCCACCCCUCUCUCUACCCGACCCUGCACCUCACCCAACUUACCAUUCAGCCUCACUCUUCAACCCCCUACCUCCUCAGUAUGCUUUGCAGAAAGUCUAGCACCUUCCACAGGUGAGAAGUUAAUGUUAUUAGAGCCUCACCACAACCCCUGGCUGCCAGGCUGCCUCCUCCCCACAAACGCCCUGGACUUGGCUUCCGCUUCUCCCUCCUCCCACUCAGCAAACUGAUGAAAGAAAGGAAGCCCGGGAUCCUGGCUUUCUGCAAAUCACUGUGUCCCUAGAAGGGAAAUCUUAAGAGUGCAGACACUGCAAUUGUUGAGCCAUGUUAUCAGUUUUGGGGGACAAACUUGGUGGGUUUCAGGGCUUAUCCUCACAGACACCCAUUUCUCACACUGAAGUUCUCAGCAACCUUACCCCAAAGUCUCAGAGUUAGUAACCUCUCCUCAGGAAGAAUGGCUGCUUCAGUGUCUGACAGGCCUGGGUUCAAAUCCCAGCUCUGCUGCUUAGGAGCUGGGUGACCCUGAGCCUGUCACCACACCUCUCUGAACCUCAGCCUCACCCUACCUAAGAUGGGGCUUGUUGAGUCUCACGUGUGCAUGCUCAGCUGCUCAGUCAUGUCCACCUCUUUGCGACACCAUGGACUACAGCCUGCCAGGCUUCUUGGUCCGUGGGAUUUUCCAGGCAAGAAUACUGGAG